AUGCCUCUUUCGUUCGAACCACCAUCAUCGCCCGCGCCCGCGGCACGGGCAACUUUGCAACAGCUCCACAAAGCCGUAUUUGCCAUCGCUCUCCCGAAGACUUCAACUGCACGUACAUGCACCGUUUCGCUCCCUGCCCUGCACGCCAUACGCAAGCUCCUUGACGAGCUCGUUGCACAACCCCAACAACCACCGCCAGACCCUCGUGUCACUGAGCUCGCCUCCAAGAUCGAUGCCUUAUCCGACAAACUUGACUCUCUCGCUGCUACUCAGCCGACCUCUUACGCUGACGCCGUGCGUUGCUCAACCCCCUCUCGCCAACACACCUGUAGUCCCUCCAAGGCGUCUCCCAUCGCUUCGCGUGCCCCAGUGCAUCCACCCCAAGCUCCCUCUCAUCCCGCCGUCGCUCGCGACACUUCUCUUGAUGUUGUUCUCACCCCAAAAGACUCCCGCCAUCCUGCCUUCAUCGGUGAUAGCCCCGCUGUGGUCCUCGCUCGAUUCAACGAACUCAUGUCGACUACGAAACCUCUUGUCUACCCUGUCUCUGCUCGCGCUGUCGCCCGACUCCGAAACGGGAACCUUCGUCUCACGCUCAAUCAGGAAGGGGCAGCCGAUGACCUCACCGACAAACAAGCGCUCUGGCUCCCCGAUUUCUCGCCACUCUUGUCGAUCCACGUUCCUCUAUAUCCCAUUAUUGUCCACCGUGUUCCGACCACUUUCAACUUGUACUGCUGCGCCAGUCCCGGGCCCGACAGCUCCUGCAAUGGCGACUACUGCAGCAUGAUGCGCGAGAAUUCACUUCGUUUCCCUGAACUCCCGACUCAUGCUCGGCUCCGCUGGGUCUCCCCACUCGCCAAAAGGCCCUCAAAGACACACUCUUCGAUCAUCAUGUUCCUCCCCUACAAAGACCUUGCUUCUCAAAUCAUCCAGGAGCGCUUCGCCAUCAAUGGCAUACUUCUUCGUACCGAAAAAUAUCACUUUCCCCCUGUUCAAUGCUACAACUGCUUCCACUUCGGUCAUACUGCGGCUCACUGUACUCGUUCCACUAGCCGUCUCCCUGCACCGAUCACCACACAUGCACACAUAUCCCCGAGAAGUGCUCCCUCCCUGGUUGCGGAGGCUCUCAUCUUUCCCCACCACACAAUUCUGUAA